AAACACCCCUCCCGGGAGUCGUUACAACAUCUGCUAAGUCCUCAACAACAAAGUCAAGAAACUGUCAUAACAUCUCGGGGUGGUCGUGUGGAGAUCAAACAACCGAAAAGAUCUUCCUCGCCCAAUAUUGGUCACUUUCAAGUUCUGGAUGUUGCGGUGCAUCCCGAUAUUCUAGUGAAAAUAUCACCGAAACAUUCUCCCCUCUGUGAACCGAGACGUCCUCAUGAAUCUCCACUAGCUGCCAGGUCAACACAACAGAGAAGGAGACUCUUACAGCGAUCGCAUGAAAUUGAUUCGGGUGGUUCAACAUCAGAAUCAGAAAAAUCCGUAGAAGUCAAAUCGCCAACAGAUUUGAAAUCACCCUUGAGUACCCGAACUCAGGUGGCAAGUCCUUUACUCACAUCGAAAAGAUUACCUCUACAGGCUUCGGUAUCUUCUUCCGCAUCCGAUGAUUCGAAUUUUAAUGCAGCACAAAAAUAUUUUGCCGAAAGUGGUAUACUAGGACCGGUACCCAGUUCGGCUACGAAUCUAAUAAGGAAGACAUCGAAAAUAUUGCAGGACUCGAAUGUUAUUGAACAGAUCCGUAAAACCUCAAUGAUUUUACGUUCGAAUACCGGUGGCAAUACUGGAACAACUAAUCAACCAACAGCCAUAAAUGCAAGUGUAAUGCCAAAGACAAAUAACAACAACAGCAGCAGCCAGAAUACCAAUAACGGGGCCACAAACUACAACAACAACACUGUAUCCUCAACAAACCUUACACUAAAAUUACAAAGCAAUGUCACUUGUGGUGGUGGUAGUGGUGUGAUAACUGGCACUACAUCAUCGACAGCAGCACAAUACCAGCCUGGCCUUAUCUAUUCACCUCCCUCACCCCAAUCACCACACACAAUGGCCACAAAAUGUGGCUUCAGUCCGAAUGUCACGACACAAAGUUGCAGUGUCAUCGAUGACAAGGAUGCACAAAUUAAAAGCUUACAAGGCGAAAUUGUCUCGCUCAAGGAUGUGAUAAAAUCUCGAGAUGCUGAGAUUGUUAAACUGCGUCGGGAAAUACACAAACUGAAGAGCGUUCUUCAACAGACCACAAAUCCCCUACCAUUGGCCCAUGACGAAUUACUGCAGCCACCCUCACCAACAGUGCAUCGUGUCUUUGUACCCCCAGCUCUGCCCAUACAAUGUAGCGAUAUCAGCAGCACCCAUGAACGCCUCUGUGAAAAAUGUAAAAAACUUCUGGAUCCACGCAUCUCUCCCAUACCGGAAUUUGUACCACAAAUACCGACAAGUGAUACCAAAGCCUCUUCCGAUAGUAAUGGCAGCUCUGUUGAUUCCUCCAUUUCCGAACAAUAUCAAUCAUGUCAAUCACGUUCCGCUUCAACGGGUACAACUUCUGAAACCUGGACACCGGCUGAACGUAAUACUGCUGCCUCCAGCGUCGCCCCAGCCGAGGAGGCCACAAAAAUGGAAAAUUCCGAAACAGCAAAUGGUGGCCAUGGCCAGGUGAAAAAUAAAAUCUUAGCUUUAGCUUCUAGCCAGCCGGUGCUCAAGAAACAGGGUGUAUCCGGUGAAAGUUGUGAGACGUCAAUGCAGCAAUCGAUCAAUGUGCCCAUACCGAAAUAUGACAAAGACUUUGCCAGUAAACAGUUGAUUAAGGAUGCCAUUAUGGAUAAUGAUUUCCUCAAGAAUAUCGAUGCUUCACAGGUUAGGGAAUUGGUGGACUCAAUGUAUUCGGUAAGCAUUCCAAAGGGGAAAUUUGUAAUACGCGAGGGGGAGGUGGGAGCCCAUCUCUAUGUUUCGGCGGAAGGGGAAUUUGAGGUGGAAAAGAAUGGCAAGGUGUUGGGUGUUAUGGGUCCCGGUAAGGCCUUCGGAGAGUUGGCAAUUCUUUAUAAUUGUACCCGCACCGCAUCGGUGAGGGUGCUGUCCGAUGCCAGAGUUUGGGUAUUGGAUCGUCGGAUUUUCCAACAGAUUAUGAUGCGUACUGGUAUGCAGCGCAUAGAGAAUAGUGUAAAUUUCUUGAAGUCGGUACCGCUCCUCAAGAAUCUCAGUGAGGAGAUUUUGGCCAAAAUUGCAGAUGUUUUGGAAGUGGAAUUCUAUCCAGCCGGUACAUAUAUCAUACGCCAAGGGGCCAGCGGAGAUACCUUCUUCCUCAUAUCCCAGGGCUCGGUGAAGGUUACCCAAAAAAUAGCACCCUCAGCAGAGGAGAAAGAGAUACGCACCCUGGAGCGCGGUGAUUAUUUUGGUGAGCAAGCUUUGAUCAAUGAAGAUAAGCGUACGGCCAAUAUUAUUGCUAUGGCUCCGGGUGUUGAGUGCCUGACAUUGGAUCGGGAUUCAUUUACCCAUUUGAUUGGUGAUCUCUGUGAGCUGAAGGAGAAAAAUUAUGGUGAUGAAAAUCGCGUGCUGGCCAUGAAACAUGCUGAGAAGACCAAGGAGAUAUUUGGUGCUAAUGUUAAACAGGAAUUCCCCGAUUUACAGUUAACGGAUCUGGAGGUAAUUGCCACCCUGGGCAUUGGUGGUUUUGGUCGCGUGGAACUGGUCAAGGCCUAUCAUCAAAAUCGUGUUGAUACCUUUGCCCUGAAAUGCUUGAAAAAGCGCCACAUAGUCGAUACCAAACAAGAGGAACAUGUCUUCUCCGAACGUACCAUUAUGUUGACCUGUAAUUCACCAUUUAUAUGUCGCCUUUAUCGGACAUUCCGUGAUGAGAAAUAUGUUUAUAUGCUGUUGGAGGCCUGCAUGGGUGGUGAAAUAUGGACAAUGUUACGGGAUCGUGGUAGUUUCGAUGAAAAUGCUGCCCAAUUUAUUAUCGGUUGUGUUCUGCAGGCCUUUGAAUAUUUACACUCGAAGGGUAUCAUCUAUCGGGAUUUGAAACCGGAAAAUUUGAUGUUGGACGAGAGGGGUUAUGUUAAGUUGGUCGAUUUUGGUUUUGCCAAAUACAUUGGCAACAGCUGCAAAACUUGGACCUUUUGUGGCACCCCAGAAUAUGUGGCCCCCGAAAUCAUUCUAAAUAAGGGUCAUGAUCGUGCUGUGGACUAUUGGGCCUUGGGUAUUUUGAUACAUGAAUUGCUGAAUGGAACACCUCCCUUUGCCGCCAAUGACCCCAUGAAGACCUAUAACAUCAUCCUGAAGGGCAUUGACAUGAUUGACUUCCCCAAACGCAUGUCCCGCUCUGCCGUGCAGCUGAUAAAGAAAUUAUGCCGUGAUGUACCUGCCGAACGUUUGGGCUAUCAAAAGGGUGGCAUACAAGAUAUCAAGAAGCACAAGUGGUUCCUUGGUUUUGACUGGGAUGGCCUGCAGAGUCAGCUGUUAAUACCACCAUUUGUGCGACCCAUUGCCCAUCCAACAGAUACCUGUUACUUUGACAAAUUCCCAUGUGAUCCCAAUGAGCCACCAGAUGAGCUAUCCGGAUGGGAUGCAGAUUUUUGAAAACUAUAAAUUGACCAGU